AUAGCUUGAAUUCUGGACUUCGCUUCAUUGAAAAUGUUUGUAUUCUCAAUGACUGAAAGUUCAAUUUCAGGUUGUAUGAUUUCCAGUCAUUUAAACAUUGACUGAAAUGAUUGAUUAUGUACUAAAUAUAACAUUUACAGUUCGUGGAAAAUAAGUAUCCAGAUGUGAAAUAUUUAUCAAAGCGAAUCACUUCAAUUUCAUAAACGAAUACGUUUAAUAUGGCAAAACCCAUAAUGGAAACCUCACGUGACAACUCAAAAAUGUAGGUUCGGAUAUAUAUACUCCGUGACGAUGUUUUCAAAUCGUUGUUUUAAGAUAAUUCUCUUCAAACGUUGGAAAUAGGUUUUUAAAACGUAAAGUAAGUUUGAGAUGUCAUAUAUUCCCAUACGCAGUUGUUUCUUAUAAUAUUUUCGUGUACAAAACAUUAAACAUGAACGGCACGGAAGUUCAACCUCGUGACGGCUAUGAUAUUGAACUAUAUGGAAUAUCUAACGGUUCAUUCUACGGCAUCCACAUUCCAGCAAUACUAUGCAUCGUAACGAGCUUCACGUGUGCCGUGGCAACUCUUGUGCUUUCCUUCAAAAGCAAUAGUUACCGGACAUUUUUCACAAGCUGGUCCAAGGGUAAUAGAUUUGUAGUCUACUUGGCGAUAUGUGAUGGGCUGUUCAAUAUUGCCCACUUUACGGACCACAUGCACAUUGUGAUCGCAAGAAGUCACGUUUAUCCAAGAGGUCUGUGUGAAUUUUACGCCUUUACAUUGGCCGUAUUUAUCACAGCACAGAACCUUUUGGUGAACAUCGUUGCAAUAAAUGCUUUUUUAUUAGUGAGAUCAGACAAAAAUAUAUAUUUCGGUACGACUGACUGGCGGCUCCUACUUUGGAUAUUUGGCGCUCCGUUUGUCGGGGCGAUCAUAGCCGCAGGCCUUGGGACGUUUGGACCAAACGGAACAUUCUGUUACUUCGAUAAAGUGAAAGGAAGAAUUACUCAGAUAUGGUUCACCACUGUGCCAAUACUGGUUAUCUUUGUGGUGAACGCAGUCCUCUACUUUCUGACUUGGCUCAAAAUACACCGGCAGACGUCAAAUAUCAACAAAACAUCUGGCAAGAUGUCAACCACGCGGACGACUAGUAUCCGCUCUGCUCAAGCCAUGUCGCUGUUUGUGGUGGCAUUCUUCAUUCAGUGGACGGCCAUGGGCGUCUUCGGUCUGUGGGGCCUGUUCGUGGCGGAGGUUCCACAACCCAUUCAUCACUUUGUUGUCAUACUGUCGAAUACAGGAGGUACCCUUAAUCUCGUCGUCUUCCUGAUCAUACGACGCAGACGACUCGGAAUUUGGAAGUCUAACACAAGAACCAGUUCUUUGGCAACUAAAAACAACGCUGAUAAAAGUAAAGCUAUGACGGAGGAAAACGACAAGGCUGCAAAUGAUACCCCCUUUUAAUGUUGUGCCAAGUGGAAUAUUUACAAACGGAACAAUCGCCGUCUAAUAUGACGGUUAAAGUGUUAGACUAGGUGACCGUUCGAAAGGAAUAUCGCAAUAAAUGUAUGUAUUGUCGCUUUAAUUGCCGUAUUUACUUUCAAAUAUGUGACAAAUGAAACGCUAGAUACCGAAUAAGGUGAGGUAUGUUUGUUAACAUCCAGUAGUAUUUUAUAUAAGGCCAUUGCUAAUACGAAAUAAGGCGAUACGUACAACACACAGGUAAAACUACAACUAAAAAUGAAAUCAGCGACUUUUGUUAUGGUUACCGAUUUGGAAAUCCAAGGUUUUAUGUCAUAUUAAAGGAAAUUUGUUAGGGGUGAAAAACCAAAUUUCUCCGAAAGAGCCCCGUUUUGAUAUAUUUUAAUCUAAAAUGAUUUUUGACAAUUAAUGAUGUCGACAAUGUAAAAAAUACAUUAUGUGUUGCCAGUCAUUUAUAAAUAUCAAAGUUACAAUAAUUAUACAAACAUAAUUUAUAAAGUAUUUAUAAAAUCGCUUCAACAAAGUCAUAACUUUCAAAACAAAAAGACAAGUUUCUGGUUUUCGAACCGGAUGUAUGUCGACGUCAUUUUAACGGUUUAAAAGUUUGAAAUUAAGAUAAGUUUCUUUCCAGGAGGGUUCACAUUGUUGCUUUUCUUCAUACAUGUAUUGAAUAAACGUAUGUUUCGUAAGUAGCUUCGCAAUCAUACUUAGUGCAAUACCCAUAUACUGUAAUACUUAAAGGCAUGAUUUUAUAAGAAAAUAAGACUUGUAUCCAUAUUUCAAUUUAAGUAUUACAAACAUCAUUUUAUUAAAGAUUAAACAUUGUUUAUGACAUAUCUUUUUAUUAUGUGUUCCGUAAUGAACAUGCCUGUUUGAAUUUAUGACGAAGGAAGAGAGAUAAUUCAUGAAUGAAGCGUUAAAAUGUCUCGAGCAGGUUACGUCCGUUAGCCUGGUUUCGUGCUUUAACUUAAUUGGUGGGUGACUUCUUUUUUCCAAUCACAUGGCUUUCUGAAGGAGGACAUUACAGAAAGAACCUCAUAUCGAUUAUGUUCUUGCCUAUCUUGUACGUUUUGUGAAAUAGUGUAUAUUGCACUAGUGUACAUACCAUAAAAAUGCCCUAAUAAAAUCAAGAUAUUAAACAUAAAACCUCCGUACUUCGGAUAAAUACUUUUGUAUAACAGACUGUAAUAGAUAUGUAAUUUGCAAAAUCCAUCGGACCAUAAACAUAAUCUUGCUUAUAUAAAAUUACCAAUAUUGUAUGCAUACCAUACAUCAAAGAAGUACCUCGAUGAUGUGCUUACUAUAACCAAGAAGCAGAUUUAUGCAAAGCCCAAACCGUAUGACAGGGGGAACUCCCGUAUUAAGUAUGUUAUGACUAAAAAUAUUAAAAUACAUUUGUUUUCUAUUUGACUUACAUGUAUAGGUCAUGCAUAGAUAUAGUUGCGUCGAAAAGCAAUAUACAACAUUGAGGUAAAGUUCAAAGCGUUAGUUACAUUGUGAAUGUUUUUUAUUGUCAUGUUUAAUAUAAGAUAUAAAUUAUGUAGUUCCUUGUUUAAUGUAUGCAUUGUAUCACUCUGUGUUUUAUGUACACUUACUUUUUUAAAGAUAACUUAUAGUUGUACAAACAUAUUCGAAAUAGAGCCUAUAAAACUAUUGUAGACAUACACAAACGAAAUAUUGACCUAGUGUAAGGAACCGU